AUGUUGCAGGACACUGUACCACAAAGCAUCAAUCUAAAUUAUUUAAUACGCAGGAUACCUUGUUUUGUUCUGAAAGAAAAUUGGCCGGUGUCUUUUCAAAGUCUCACUGAUCCCAGUGACAUGAAAACAAAGAGUUCUUGUGUAAAGAGUUCUGUGAAAGACAUUCAUGAACCAAAGAAGAUAUGUAAGGCUUUCCAGGAUAUUGCUACAUACUUUUCUGAGGAGGAGUGGGCAAAACGAAGCACAUGGCAGAAGAGUGUCUAUGUGUAUAUGAAAAGAAACUACAUCAGAAUGACGGCCCUAGGCGUCACAGUCAACCAACCAGUCUUCAUGCGUUGCAAGCAACAGGCCAAAGAAUUCCUAGUGGAAUGUAUUGAAGUUCAUGGCCAUGAGAGUGAAGAUGAAUAUUCUGAAGGGACUUUUGGCAUAAAACUGACAAAACGCCUAAAGUUGACAUCACAGAAUCUAGAUCCUCAUAAUGAAAAUGGAAGACUUGCCUCUGAAGAUGCUGCUGCUUCCACGGCUUCCAAUUUGCCAGGAGCUGGUGACAUUCAGGUAAAUGCCUGGAGUCACCGGCUGAGGAAAAGGAAGAAACGAGUGAUCCAUGAAGACAAGGAUCCCAAAAAAUAAGAUGAUCAUAACGGAAUCUUCUUUGGGUGCUACACUGAACCUGAAGUACUAUGUCACGCUUCCUUUACUUCAAAGCUGGGUCUGUUGGAGACCUUCCCUACCCAGGAUGCUGUGGGCUCCCAAAACCCAGGUCAGCUCUCAAAGCUGGGUCUGUUGGAGACCUUCCCUACCCAGGAUGCUGUGGGCUCCCAAAACACAGGUCAGCUCUCAAAGCUGGGUCUGUUGGAGACCUUCCCUACCCAGGAUGCUGUGGGCUCCCAAAACCCAGGACAUGAAACUAGAAAGGGUACCAUAAGAUGGGAGGCUGAGUCCUUAAAGAGGGAAAAAGUGACUGUUUAUAGAGGGGGCAUGGAAGUAACAGGGACAAUUGGGGAGGAAGAAGGGAACUAG